GUGAGGGGAAAUCGCUGGAAGCUUUACUUAAUGCUAAAGUGUUGCUGAGUGGAGGCUUUUAUUCCCCCCCCUCUGAAAUCCUCUGUUCACUCUGCUCUCAAAGUAUAGUUGGAGGGACAAGUCCUGCGGUAUCUAUCAUAGCCUUUCUCUUUUUAGGGACUCCUCCCCCUCAUCUUUUUUCCCUCUCCCCGCCCCCCAUUCCGUUCUUCCUGAUACAAACUGUUUCUCAGAUUCAGACCAAGGAAAUGUUUUCCUCCUGUUUCUUGAAAGGUGUCAGGCUGCUUAGCAGCUUCUCCCAAGCAGCCUGGGAGCGUCUGAGCCGCAGCUACCAACCAUAUGGUUCCCGUUACAAAGGCCAGGUUCUAAGGCGCUCUCUUCCCCACCCCGCCCUCAAUUCUGUGAUUUUAUUCUGCAUUCUCUCAGUACGUGCGCUUCUCUUCCCCUUUCCAGAGGCACAGAUUUAACGGACAUGAUUGAUUCAUUCAUUUCCCUGUCACUAUGUCUGGAACGGAUCCCACCGAGUUUGCUCUUUGCUCAACGAAGUUGCACAACUAAGAAAGUCACAUCCUUUGAUAUGAAGAUCAAUGAUGCAGACUGCUGGUUUUGAUGAAGCUGGGCAUUUAUAACUAGAUUCAUUAAGGAAUACAAAGAAAAUAUUUAAAGGGAUCAAUAAUGGUGUCUUCUGGUUGCAGAAUGCGAAGUCUGUGGUUUAUCAUUGUAAUCAGCUUCUUACCGAAUACAGAAGGUUUCAGCAGAGCAGCUUUACCAUUUGGGCUGGUGAGACGAGAAUUAUCCUGUGAAGGUUAUUCUAUAGAUCUGCGAUGCCCAGGCAGUGAUGUCAUCAUGAUUGAGAGCGCUAACUAUGGUCGGACGGAUGACAAGAUUUGUGAUGCUGACCCAUUUCAGAUGGAGAAUACAGACUGCUACCUCCCCGAUGCCUUCAAAAUUAUGACUCAAAGGUGCAACAAUCGAACACAGUGUAUAGUAGUUACUGGGUCAGAUGUGUUUCCUGAUCCAUGUCCUGGAACAUACAAAUACCUUGAAGUCCAGUAUGAGUGUGUCCCUUACAAAGUGGAGCAAAAAGUUUUUGUGUGUCCUGGGACCUUGAAAGCAAUUGUGGACUCACCAUGUAUAUAUGAAGCUGAACAAAAGGCAGGUGCUUGGUGCAAGGACCCUCUUCAGGCUGCAGAUAAAAUUUAUUUCAUGCCCUGGACUCCCUAUCGUACCGAUACUUUAAUAGAAUAUGCUUCUUUAGAAGAUUUCCAAAAUAGUCGCCAAACAACAACGUAUAAACUUCCAAAUCGAGUAGAUGGUACUGGAUUUGUGGUAUAUGAUGGUGCUGUCUUCUUUAACAAAGAAAGAACGAGGAAUAUUGUGAAAUUUGACUUGAGGACUAGAAUUAAAAGUGGCGAGGCCAUAAUUAACUAUGCCAACUACCAUGAUACCUCCCCAUACAGGUGGGGAGGAAAGACUGAUAUCGACCUAGCAGUUGAUGAAAAUGGCUUGUGGGUCAUUUAUGCCACUGAACAGAACAAUGGAAUGAUAGUUAUUAGCCAGCUGAAUCCAUACACUCUUCGAUUCGAAGCAACGUGGGAGACUGUAUACGACAAACGUGCCGCAUCAAAUGCUUUUAUGAUAUGUGGAGUCCUCUAUGUGGUUAGGUCAGUUUAUCAAGACAAUGAAAGUGAAACAGGCAAGAACGCAAUUGAUUACAUUUAUAAUACCCGAUUAAACCGAGGAGAAUAUGUAGAUGUUCCCUUCCCCAACCAGUAUCAGUAUAUUGCUGCAGUGGAUUACAAUCCAAGAGAUAACCAACUUUACGUGUGGAACAAUAACUUCAUUUUACGGUAUUCUUUGGAGUUUGGUCCACCUGAUCCUGCCCAAGUGCCUACCACAGCUGUGACAAUAACUUCUUCAGCUGAGCUGUUCAAAACCACAAUAUCAACCACAAGCACUACUUCACAGAAAGGCCCCAUGAGCACAACUGUAGCUGGAUCACAGGAAGGAAGCAAAGGGACAAAACCACCUCCAGCAGUUUCUACAACCAAAAUUCCACCUGUAACAAAUAUUUUUCCCCUGCCAGAGAGAUUCUGUGAAGCCUUAGACUCCAAGGGGAUAAAGUGGCCUCAGACACAAAGGGGGAUGAUGGUUGAACGACCAUGCCCUAAGGGAACAAGAGGAACUGCCUCGUAUCUCUGCAUGGUUUCCACUGGAACAUGGAACCCUAAGGGCCCCGAUCUUAGCAACUGUACCUCACACUGGGUGAAUCAGCUGGCUCAGAAGAUCAGAAGUGGAGAAAAUGCUGCUAGUCUUGCCAAUGAACUGGCAAAACAUACCAAAGGGCCAGUGUUUGCUGGGGAUGUAAGUUCUUCAGUGAGAUUGAUGGAGCAGUUGGUGGAUAUCCUUGAUGCGCAGCUGCAGGAACUGAAACCUAGUGAAAAAGAUUCAGCGGGACGGAGUUAUAACAAGCUCCAAAAACGAGAGAAGACAUGCAGGGCUUACCUUAAGGCAAUUGUUGACACAGUGGACAACCUUCUGAGACCUGAAGCUUUGGAAUCAUGGAAACAUAUGAAUUCUUCUGAACAAGCACAUACUGCAACAAUGUUACUCGAUACAUUGGAAGAAGGAGCUUUUGUCCUAGCUGACAAUCUUUUAGAACCAACAAGGGUCUCAAUGCCCACAGAAAAUAUUGUCCUGGAAGUUGCCGUACUCAGUACAGAAGGACAGAUCCAAGACUUUAAAUUUCCUCUGGGCAUCAAAGGAGCAGGCAGCUCAAUCCAGCUCUCUGCAAAUACCGUCAAACAGAACAGCAGGAAUGGGCUUGCAAAGUUGGUGUUCAUCAUUUACCGGAGUCUGGGACAGUUCCUUAGUACAGAAAAUGCAACCAUUAAACUGGGUGCUGACUUUCUUGGUCGUAAUAGCACCAUUGCAGUGAAUUCUCACGUCAUUUCAGUUUCCAUCAAUAAAGAGUCCAGCCGAGUAUACCUGACUGAUCCUGUGCUUUUUACCCUGCCACACAUUGAUCCUGACAAUUAUUUCAAUGCAAACUGCUCCUUCUGGAACUACUCAGAGAGAACUAUGAUGGGAUAUUGGUCUACCCAGGGCUGCAAGCUGGUUGACACUAAUAAAACUCGAACAACGUGUUCAUGCAGCCACCUAACCAAUUUUGCAAUUCUCAUGGCCCACAGGGAAAUUGCAUAUAAAGAUGGAGUUCAUGAAUUACUUCUUACAGUCAUCACCUGGGUGGGAAUUGUCAUUUCCCUUGUUUGCCUGGCUAUCUGCAUCUUCACCUUUUGCUUUUUCCGUGGCCUACAGAGCGACCGAAAUACUAUUCACAAGAACCUUUGUAUCAACCUCUUCAUUGCUGAAUUUAUUUUCCUAAUAGGCAUUGAUAAGACAAAAUAUGCGAUUGCAUGCCCAAUAUUUGCAGGACUUCUACACUUUUUCUUUUUGGCGGCUUUUGCUUGGAUGUGCCUAGAAGGUGUGCAGCUCUAUCUAAUGUUAGUUGAAGUUUUUGAAAGUGAAUAUUCAAGGAAAAAAUAUUACUAUGUUGCUGGUUACUUGUUUCCUGCCACAGUGGUUGGAGUUUCAGCUGCUAUUGACUAUAAGAGCUAUGGAACAGAAAAAGCUUGCUGGCUUCAUGUUGAUAACUACUUUAUAUGGAGCUUCAUUGGACCUGUUACUUUCAUUAUUCUGCUAAAUAUUGUCUUCCUGGUGAUCACAUUAUGCAAAAUGGUGAAGCAUUCAAACACUUUGAAACCAGAUUCUAGCAGGUUGGAAAACAUUAAGUCUUGGGUGCUUGGCGCUUUUGCUCUUCUGUGUCUUCUUGGCCUCACCUGGUCAUUUGGGUUGCUUUUUAUUAACGAGGAGACUAUUGUGAUGGCAUAUCUCUUCACCAUAUUUAAUGCUUUCCAGGGAGUGUUCAUUUUCAUCUUUCACUGUGCUCUCCAAAAGAAAGUACGAAAAGAAUAUGGCAAGUGCUUCAGACAUUCAUACUGCUGUGGAGGCCUCCCAACUGAGAGUCCCCACAGUUCAGUGAAGGCAUCAACCACCAGAACCAGUGCUCGGUAUUCCUCUGGCACACAGAGUCGUAUAAGAAGAAUGUGGAAUGAUACUGUGAGAAAACAAUCUGAAUCUUCUUUUAUCUCAGGUGACAUCAAUAGCACUUCAACACUUAAUCAAGGAAUGACUGGCAAUUACCUACUAACAAACCCUCUUCUUCGACCCCACGGCACUAACAACCCCUAUAACACAUUGCUCGCUGAAACAGUUGUAUGUAAUGCCCCUUCAGCUCCUGUAUUUAACUCACCAGGACAUUCACUGAACAAUGCCAGGGAUACAAGUGCCAUGGAUACUCUACCGCUAAAUGGUAAUUUUAACAACAGCUACUCGCUGCGCAAGGGUGACUAUAAUGACAGCGUGCAAGUUGUGGACUGUGGACUAAGUCUGAAUGAUACUGCUUUUGAGAAAAUGAUCAUUUCAGAAUUAGUGCACAACAACUUACGGGGCAGCAGCAAGACUCACAACCUCGAGCUCACGUUACCAGUCAAACCUGUGAUUGGAGGUAGCAGCAGUGAAGAUGAUGCUAUUGUGGCAGAUGCUUCAUCUUUAAUGCACAGCGACAACCCAGGGCUGGAGCUCCAUCACAAAGAACUCGAGGCACCGCUUAUUCCUCAGCGGACUCACUCCCUUCUGUACCAACCCCAGAAGAAAGUGAAGUCCGAGGGAACUGACAGCUAUGUCUCCCAGCUGACAGCAGAGGCUGAAGAUCACCUACAGUCCCCCAACAGAGACUCUCUUUACACAAGCAUGCCCAAUCUUAGAGACUCCCCCUAUCCGGAGAGCAGCCCUGACAUGGAAGAAGACCUCUCUCCCUCCAGGAGGAGUGAGAAUGAGGACAUUUACUAUAAAAGCAUGCCAAAUCUUGGAGCUGGCCAUCAGCUUCAGAUGUGCUACCAGAUCAGCAGGGGCAAUAGUGAUGGUUAUAUAAUCCCAAUUAACAAAGAAGGGUGUAUUCCAGAAGGAGAUGUUAGAGAAGGACAAAUGCAGCUGGUUACAAGUCUUUAAUCGUAGAGCUAAGGAAUUCCAAGGGCCACAUGCAAGUAUUAAUAAAUAAAGACUCCAUUGGCCUGAUGCAGCUCCCUCAAACUCUGCUUGAAGAGAUGACUCUUGACCUGUGGUUCUCCAGUGUAAAAAAGAUGACUGAACCUUGCAGUUCUGUGAAUUUUUAUAAAACAUACAAAAACUUUGUAUAUACACAGAGUAUACUAAAAUGAAUUAUUUGUUACAAAGAAAAGAGAUGCCAACCAGGUAUUUUAAGAUUCUGCUGCUGUUUAGAGAAAUUGUGAAACAAGCAAAACAAAACUUUCCAGCCAUUUUACUGCAGCAGUCUGUGAACUAAAUUUGUAAAUAUGGCUGCACCAUUUUUGUAGGCCUGCAUUGUAUUAUAUACAAGACGUAGGCUUUAAAAUCCUGUGGGACAAAUUUACUGUACCUUACUAUUCCUGACAAGACUUGGAAAAGCAGGAGAGAUAUUCUGCAUCAGUUUGCAGUUCACUGCAAAUCUUUUACAUUAAGGCAAAGAUUGAAAACAUGCUUAACCACUAGCAAUCAAGCCACAGGCCUUAUUUCAUAUGUUUCCUCAACUGUACAAUGAACUAUUCUCAUGAAAAAUGGCUAAAGAAAUUAUAUUUUGUUCUAUUGCUAGGGUAAAAUAAAUACAUUUGUGUCCAACUGAAAUAUAAUUGUCAUUAAAAUAAUUUUAAAGAGUGAAGAGAAUAUUGUGAAAAGCUCUUGGUUGCACAUGUUAGGAAAUGUUUUUUCUUACACUUUGUCAUGGUAAGUUCUACCCAUUUUCACUUCUUUUCCACUGUAUACAGUGUUCUGCUUUGACAAGUUAGUCUUUAUUACUUACAUUUAAAUUUCUUAUUGCCAAAAGAACGUGAUUUAUGGGAAGAAAAAAACUCUUCCAAGGCAGUUAUGCCAUGCCUUGCACAGAAGUGGUGAAAUCUAGAAAAGAUUGUGUGUCACCCCUCUGUUUAUUCUUGAACAGAGGGCAAAGAGGGCACUGGGCACUUCUCACAAACUUUCUAGUGAACAAAAGGUGCCUAUUCUUUUUUAAAAAAAUAAAAUAAAACAUAAAUAUUACUCUUCCAUAUUCCUUCUGCCUAUAUUUAGUAAUUAAUUUAUUUUAUGAUAAAAUUCUAAUGAAAUGUAAAUUGUUUCAGCAAAAUUCUGCUUUUCUUUUCAUCCCUUUGUGUAAACCUGUUAAUAAUGAGCCCAUCACUAAUAUCCAGUGUAAAGUUUAACACGGUUUGACAGUAAAUAAAUGUGAAUUUUUUCAAGUAGUUAA